UGGAAACGGGUUAGCUGUCAAACAUUAAACACAAUUUUUAGCUCUUUCAGUUGCAUAAUUUGUUAAAAUAAACUUUCAAAAUACAAGGAUUCUUUCAUGAGGACAUUUAUAGCGUAAAUACACACACCGAAUUAUGAUUGGAUGAGCAACAGGAGAAACGCAAGCUUCCGGUUAGCCGUCGAACAUGCAGGGCCACAGUGCCUGGUUCCCCUGAGCAGAAACAACUUUCGGUACCAUUCUAUAGAGCGAUCAAGAACCAGCCACAAACUCUUCAGGACAAUGGUGAAAAAAGUAGCGCGGGAGUUUCUCACGGAUGACCUUGACCGACAGUAUUACGCCGACAACUACACGUGCUGCCCUCCACCUCUCUUUGUGCCUUUAAUCACCUUCGUAGAGAUCGGUUGUUUCAUGUACUACAGCGUUGACGGAGGUCGUCUCACAAUAAACGGCCCUCUCCCUCUCUCCAGCAUCUUUAUAUACCGACCAGACAGACGGAUAGAGAUAUGGAGAUUCGUCUUCUAUAUGUUCAUUCAUGCUGGAUGGGUGCACCUGCUGUUUAACAUGCUUAUACAACUGAUUGUGGGUGUGCCGCUGGAGAUGAUCCACGGACCGUGUAGGAUCGCCACAGUCUAUCUAGCGGGCGUUUUGGCAGGUUCUUUGGGUACCAGUGUAUUUGACACGAAUGCGGUGCUAGUGGGGGCGUCUGGAGGCGUGUACGCCCUCCUUGCAGGCCACCUCGCCAACAUUCUCCUGAACUACACGAACAUGGAGCUUGGUAUUCUAAAACUAGCAGCAAUAUUCAUCAUAGCCAGCGCGGAUGUGGGUUUCGCCGUCUGGGACCGCUACACCAUGCGCAGUUCCAGUGAGAUGCCCGUUGGUUAUACUGCUCACGUGAUGGGCGCUCUGGCUGGGCUCACCAUCGGACUCGUGGUGCUAAAGAACUUUGAACAGAGGCUGCACGAACAUUACCUGUGGUGGUUGGCGCUGGCUGUAUACAUGGCGGGCAUAGCAUUUGCAAUAUUCUGGAAUAUUUUCUACUACUAAAACUCACAACAUCUCAUGGGCAUGUUUAUUAUCGGUGUGAGAAGCGUAACUAGAAAUGUUUGAAAUAAUCAUGUCUGUGUUGACGUAAUGAAGCUAUUAAAUGUGAUUAGACCAUUUUCGAUUUUGCUAAAAAUAAAAUCUGCACCAUUUGCAAGAACUAUAAAGCGCCUGAUUAACCAACAUUAUUUUGGAACGAAAAAAUACAUAUUCCAACUCUUCAACAAUUUCUUACAAGCUUAUUUUAUGCAGCACUUCCAUCAAUUAUUAAAAAACAACAACACCGCAAUUAUUUUUCAGCACGAAAAUGAAUGACAAAAAUAUCAUGGAGCUCAAGCAAGGGGUUUUAACAAAGUGAACGAUAUUUGUGUAUUUGUACGGUCAUUUUGAGCUGUAGCUCACUGUUUCAAAACAACCAUUCACUAUAAAAUUUCGUUGUCUUUGUAUGAACACCAUUAUUCAUCAGCCAACGAUAACAAGUAUGCACUUAUGCAUUGCAUUUCCGAUUCAAUCUUCAUUUCGUUGACUUAACACUAGUGGCGGCAGCUUAGCCUAAGGUUGUACAGUCCUGGAAUUGAUUUACAGAGAUGGAAAUAUUUAACACUUAAAGAAACUUAGUGAUAAUGAAACGAAACAGUUCAUUAAUUUAAAGUAAGGAAACAAUAAAUGGCAGUCAUGCGGCAUGUUUAUAUCACAAUAUUCGUCGAAGAUUUCGAAAGUAAUCUUUUACCUUUACACUACAUUUCCGAUAAAAUCACAGCUGUCACACAUUUGUUGUAAUCAAUAUCUUUAUUUCUCAUACCGUAUCAAAACUGCUGCUUCCCCUAAUAAGUGGUCAACAUAAUAUUUGUCCAAUUGGAAGGCAGUAUUUCUCAGGUUUCAGUAAAUCAGCAGUCAUCCGUUAUCUAUUUUUAUCAGGCGAAGCGGUAGAUAUAAGCAGUGGCUGGCCCAGUUAGUGGAUAGUUCACAAACUAGUAUGUAGACCACUCUAAGAUAGUUAGCUGUCCUUAAACAAAAUAAAUAGUUAUGCGACUGCCUUUCAUCAAACCAUUUAUUGUUUUAAGUGCAUACUUUUAAUACAAUCUUUAACCAUUAAAUAGCUGAUG